AUGACAGAAAAUACAGAAAACAGAGAUUUCAACGGGGAUAAUGAUAAGCGCUAUACAAAUGCCAGCGUACUUGAUUACUACGCUUACAUCGCUGAAACGGGCGAUGCCUCUUCUUCGUCUUCUCCAUCGAGUAAAUACAGUUCUGGUGGUACAUUGAACGAUGUAGACAAAUCGAAUAGACAGAUAUCUGUUAUGGAGCGUAUGGACAGCAGUGAUUAUCCUCAUUUGAAUGUGUACACGAGCGGUGGUGAACAAGGCCCUGUAAAAGUUGGCAGUUAUCACGGCGUGGAUGUUGAUCACGGCACUAGCAUUGGUCAUAUCCCUUCAGAUAUUCUCCUUAAGAGAAGAGGCAGUGCGAUUAGCCAAAUGUCAACUGCUGCUCUAAAUGACGCUCAUUCAGUCUACUCUCACUCCUCUCGCUCCUCUCGCUCUUCUGACAGCACUAUCGACCUCCCCUCACCCACAGACAACUGUGACCCUGUUUCAAUCACCCGUGAUAUGCCCCUUCCUAAUGCUUUCUCUUCUAAGGCUACCUAUAACGGUGCCUCGUCUACAUCUGACCGUGUUAUGCGCACCGCAGAGGCUAUUAACGCUCUUGCUAGAGCUGCGAGCGGCUUGCAAGUCUGGCUUCGUUGCGUCGGUGGUGAAGGCAGGCCACGCAGCUACAGCCCACCACCUCUCGUAUUUCAUAGUGAACGCUAUAAGCGCGAGAAAAGUCAACAGAGUAUUCAAUCUGACGCAGGCGAGACAGAUGUUAUGGAAAAUAAUGACGAAAUCAACCGCCAAGCUACUCAAUCACCAUCAAAUGCUCCAAGUAUACACUCAAGUAAUGCCCAAACUUCUAAUAGUCCUUACAUGUCCACUCCAGUCGUCCCUUAUCACCAAGAACGUCCCAGCAUUCAAGAUCGCCAACAUAGUUCUGCGUCCUUUGCUACUAACUCAACCUUCCCACUUCGUCCAGGCAGUGAUAUUAAUGUUGCCCACGAUCUCACUAAAGCUGUUGCUGGCGAUAGCCCGCCUGAUAAAAUACCUGAGCAUCUCCCUUAUCCUGGCGCAGCGGCUAUGGUAAAAAAAACUGGUAGCACUAGCAGCGCUAUCAGCUCACCACGGAGUACAGCUACCGUUAAGGCUAGUCGUGCUGCUGGUUUCUUUGCCAAUCUUGGUCGACGGACGAGUGCAAAAUCACCACCGAAGAAGCUGCAAAUUGGACAUCCAUCACCUAUUAGCAAAGAUGCAGACCUACCUUCAUCAAUUUCAUCCAUAUCACCGCCACUCUACACGACAACGCCCGGGACGACUCCCCCUCGGAGCCCUAAUCGCAGCGAAGAGAUGGUGGAGCGGGAUACACCGGCUACUGGCGUAAGCACGAGUACAGCAAGUACAACUACAUCAACACCUACGACUAUAAGCGGGAAGGAUAAUAAGGAGGUGACAGUACCAGCUCGUGGAUCUUCACACAAAACCCCUAGACACGUCUCAGCAGCGUCCACAUCACAUAUAAAUUUAGAUGGCCUUGAGCGCGCACCCACUGGACCACGUGCUAAACCUAGCAAGAGUCGCAACAGUAGUAUUUUUAAUUUAACUCACGUGCUCAACCCAGAACCAUUUCCUGGAUUGGCUAAUCUCAAGCCGCCUAGUAAAUACGAGUUGCGAGCUAGUACACCUGCACCUGUGAGACAAUCGAGUAAGAAACCUGCAGAAGAAAUGAGCCCGGCUUUCAAAGCAAGUUUGAAUAGACUUGAGAACCUUCUCCCCCAGGCGGCGAAAAGUGAUCUAAGGAAUCAUUUGAAGAAGGCUAACGGUGAUGAAGUGCGCGCUGUGGGGACGUAUAUAGAAUCGCAACGUUUAUAA